UCUCUCUUCAUGUCAAUAAAAAAAAAAUAUUUAUAUUCUCUCUCGUCUCUCUUAAAAAAAAGAGUUUACAAAACACAUUAUUUGUUUCUUUUUUUCCAUUGUUAAAUUGUUUUUUGUGCAGAGUGUUAAUUAUCCAAAGUGCAACAUUUAUUUUACACAUUAAAUCAAUUACAAUUAUAAACAAUUAAUUAUUGUGUAUGUUUACGAAUAUCUACGAUAACUUGGCAACAAUACAAUUGCAUUUUAAGAGUAUACGUGUCAUCUCCAACAUAUGUGUGCAUAUAUCCUAUUUACACAUUGACAAAAACACAUAAAUUAUUAGAACAAUAAAUAACAACAAUAACCAUUGUUUAUACCAAGUAAACCGAUUCACCAAAAUAACAUAAUUUAGUGAUGUUUUUGUUUACUCAUUUAUCUGUUUUCUGUGCAAACAAUAUGUACGCCUAAAAAAUGUCAUCAAAAUUUAAUAUUUUAAAAGUUUGAAAUAAUUAAAAAUCAUGAAAAUAUAAUCAUUAUUAUAAUGCUACAUACAAAUAUGUUUGCAAAAAAAUAUAACAAAAAUUACAUUACCAUUUUGAGUAAUUAAUUAUGACAAAAAUAUAUUGAAAUAAUGACGAAAAGAAAAAAAAGUAAAUAAAAUACAUUACUGUUUUUAAUUUACAAACUUUUUAUUUUUUUUCUUUUAAAUUAUAAAUAAAUAUAUUUUCUAAAUUAAUAAUGAUGUUAAAAUUAUUAAUUAUGACGUUAAAGUCAAAUAAAAAUAUAGAAAAUCAUUAUAAUGAUUUAUUUUAUUGGAAAAAAACAAAAUUGAUUGAAAAAAAAUGUUGAUGGAUAAAUAAUACAAGAGAAAAAUAGAGGAUAAUUUGUUAAUUUGAUAGUAAAAAAAAAAAAUUAAAUAAUUGAAUGAUAAAAAUAAAUUAUAUUAAUGAAUAAAAAAUAUAUUGUUGAUGAUACUGAAAGUCCGCAAAAGGAGGCAACCUCUCAUAUGAGAAGUUUCAUUAAUGUCAUUACGGAUUUUAAUGAACAAUGAACCAUUCGGGUAGCGGUAAACGUCAGGCGAAGGUUUUGGAAGAUAAUUAUUGGGAUUGCAGUGUCUGCACGUAUAGAAAUACAGCAGAAGCAUUCAAGUGUCUAAUGUGUGACGUCCGCAAAGGUACCUCAACGCGGAAACCCCGCAUGAAUCCGCAGCUAGUAGCACAACAGGCUGCUCAACAGCAAUAUGUACCACAUUUAAAACCAGGUAAAAAAGAAACUGGUAGUGGUAGCAGUACAACAAGCUCUGGAAAUAAUAAUAUUGGACGUGAUAAAGAAAGAAAAGUGGAUAAACCAAGACGUAAAAAUCGUCAUCCACCAAGACUUAAAAAUAUUGAUCGUAGUACUGCUGAAACAAAUGAAGUUACUGUCAAUAAUGUCACUGUUAUCAUUACUGAAUAUAAACCUAAAAUUAAAAAGAAUUCUGAUCAAUCUGGUUUAUCAAGUAGUGCAUCAUCAGAAAAUGGCAGUCAACAUGAUUCAAAUCAAGAUUCUCGUAGUCUUGAUUUAAGUGCUGAUGUUUGAAUUAAUC